ACUUAAACAGUCAUAGGUGAGUUGAUGAAUCAUAGCAAGAAUGUCGGUUCAAACAGAAAGAGGGAUCCCACUCUGCACGCUCAAUCCAAAGUUCCUUCACACCAACUCUACCAGCCACACCUGGUCCUUCAGUGCCAUUGCUGAGCUGAUAGACAAUGCCUACGACCCAGAUGUUAAAGCUAAAACGUUCUGGAUUGAUAAAACAAGAAUUGGAGGUCAAGACUGUCUUACUUUUAUUGAUAAUGGAGCAGGAAUGGAUUUUCACAAGAUGUAUAGAAUGCUUAGUUUGGGCUUCAGUGAUAAAAAGACAGUAAGGGGCCACGCCCCUGUCGGUAUGUAUGGCAAUGGAUUUAAAUCAGGCUCCAUGCACUUGGGAAAAGACGCCAUUGUGUUUUCAAAGAAGGGAGAGUCUAUGUGCGUAGGCAUGCUGUCCCAAACGUACCUUCAUGACACUCAAAUGGAGAAGGUCGUUGUACCAAUUGUCACAUUCAAAUGCAUUGGAGAGUCAAUCCAUCCUGAGUCGGAGCAUAAAGAAAGUCUCCAAGCCAUCCUGCGAUACUCUCUGUUCCAAACAGAAGAAGAGCUUCAUUCAGAGUUUAAAGCCAUCACACAAGAUUCCAGUGGCUCCACGGGAACACGAAUAAUCAUCUGGAAUCUCUGCAAAGAAUCUGAGUUUGACUUUGAGACAGACCAUUAUGACAUCCAGAUUCCAGAUGUGUAUGAGGGUGAAAAUGACAAAUACAAGCAAUCCUUGCGAGCAUACUGUAGUGUCCUCUACUUGAAGCCAAGAAUGCAGAUUAUCAUUCGUGGACAGAUAGUGACAACUGAGCUGAUUGCUAAAAGCCUAGCACAUCCUGUCACAGAGAAAUACAUACCCAGCUUUCUCAAGGAAAAGAGAAGAAGUAUCCCGAUCACAUUUGGAUUCAACCCUAAGAGUCAAGAACAUUAUGGUGUCAUGAUGUACCAUAAAAACAGGCUCAUCAAAGCCUACGAGCGUGUCAGAUGCCAAAAUAGGGCAAAUAAGAAGGGAGUGGGAGUCAUUGCAGUGAUAGAGUGCAACUUCCUCACGCCAACCCAUAACAAGCAGGACUUUAACAACACAGAAGAGUACAGAUCAACCAUGAAGACUUUGGAUAAGAAGCUAGAAGAGUAUUGGAAUGUGAUGUACAAUAAAAUAGGUCAAAACGGCACAGUACCUUUGGAGAAUAUAUUGGAGGAUCCUAAACAGAACUGGGUUCAGUGUGAUGAUUGUCGAAAGUGGCGUAAACUCCCAGAUGUCACUGACAAGGAUAAGCUCCCUGAAAAAUGGUUCUGUCGAAUGAAUUCAGACAAAAGAUUUAGGAGCUGUGAUGAACCAGAGGAACCUGAAGAUUCUGAAGAUGAAACAUACCAACAGGAAAAGAAAAACCUUAAAGUACAGCAGAAACUUAAAAAACAGCAGAUGGAGGAAGAGAAGAGAAAUGCAGAGAUUAAAGAUUUGACAAGAGCAGAAGAAAAACUUUUCAGGGAAUUACGACAAACACUCAAUCCAAAGUUUCUUCACACCAACUCUACCAGCCACACCUGGCCUUUCAGUGCCAUUGCUGAGCUGAUAGACAAUGCCUACGACCCAGAUGUUAGUGCCAGGCAGUUCUGGAUUGAUAAAACGAGGAUUAGAGAUCAAGACUGUCUUACUUUCAUGGAUAAUGGAGCAGGAAUGGAUUAUAACAAAAUGUACAAAAUGCUUAGUUUUGGCUUCAGUGAUAAGGAGACGAUAAACGGCCAUGUCCCCAUCGGUUUGUACGGCAAUGGAUUUAAGUCAGGCUCCAUGCGCUUGGGAAAAGACGCCAUUGUGUUUUCAAAGAAGAAAGAUUCUAUGUGCGUGGGCAUGCUGUCACAGACGUACCUUCAAAAGAUUCAAGCGGAGAACAUUGUCGUACCAAUUGUCACAUUUAAACGCACCGGAGAGUCAAUCCGUCCUGAGCCACAGCACAUAGAAAGUCUCCAAGCCAUUCUUCAGUACUCUCUGUUCCAAAAAGAAGAAGAGCUGCUCGCAGAGCUCGAGGCCAUCAACACACACCUUUCCAGGGAUUCUACAGGAACGCGAAUAAUAAUCUGGAACCUCCGCAAAACAUCGACAGGCAAAUCUGAGUUUGACUUUGAGGUGAACCGUUAUGAUAUCCAGAUUCCAGCUGAUGUGUUUGAGAGUGAAAAAGAGCAAUACAGGCAACCCUGUCAUGUAUUGCAGUCGAGCCCAGAGAGUGACUUCUCCUUGAGAGCAUACUGUAGUGUCCUUUACUUGAAGCCCAGAAUGCAGAUUAACAUCCGUGGAUCUAAAGUGAAAACUCAGCUGAUUGCUAAAAGCCUGGCACACAUUGUGAAGGAUAAAUACAAACCUACCUUUCUAAAUAAAGAAAGAAUCUCAAUUACAUUUGGUUACAACACCAAGAGCAAAGAGCAUUAUGGAGUCAUGAUGUACCAUAAAAACAGACUUAUCAAAUCCUAUGAGCGUGUCGGAUGCCAAAACAAGGCAAAUAACAGGGGAGUAGGAGUUAUUGCAGUAAUCGAGUGCAACUUCCUCAAGCCAACACAUAACAAGCAAGACUUCGACUAUACAGAUGAAUACAGAAGAACCAUCACUACUUUGGGUUUGAAGCUAGAAGAGUAUUGGAAAGCGAUUCGCCAUGCAAAAGGUCUCAACAGCACAGUACCUGUAGAAGAUAUACCGAAAAAUCCUGACCAGAACUGGGUUCAGUGUGAUGACUGUCAGAAGUGGCGGAAACUUCCAGAUGGCAUAGACACAGAUAAACUCCCUGAAAAAUGGUUCUGUCGAAUGAACCCUGUCACAGAGUACAGGGGAUGUGAUAAACCAGAGGAAGCUGAAGAUUCUGAAGAUGAAUCAUCAACCUGCUUGAAAGAAUACAAACAGCAUGAGAAAAGUCUGAAAAAACAGCAGGAGCAGAAGAAAAUGCAGGAACAACAGAGAAAUGCAGAGCUGGCUCAACAGAAUGAAGAUCUCAAAAGAACACAGGAAAACCUUUUGCGUAAACUCCAGCAAACAGGCCCUUCCUCGCCCAGUACACCUACAACUUCAAGAGCUGCUAGUACAGCCAGGAGCUCUGUUGAUUCCACACCUAUCAUGCGAUCUACCUCCAGCCCCUUAGACAACAUGCCAAUCAUUACAGAGGUCACAUCCCUCUCCCGUUUUACAAGGAGAAAGAGAAGUCUAGGAGAGCGAAGCGAGGGCAAAGCUUUGAAGAAAUCAAGACUACUUAAUGACUACUGUAACAACGCACCCGAAAGUCCAUCAACGUCUGCAUUUAUAUCGGAUCUUCUGACCUCACAGAUGGAGAUCCCUGAUAAUAAUGGCAGUACUGAUAAAGAGGAAGAAGAGAGCAACACUGAUGAUGAUGAUGAUAUUGUUAUUGAUGAGACGAAGAGCACGCCAAGACCUAAAACCUUUAACCUUGCCAAGGUCAAGUUAGAAAGAAGUACAAGUAAUGAUGUGCAGUACAGUGAUGAUGUUUCCAUGGAUACACCUACCACUGAAGGUUCCAGAAAUGCAACAACGAAUCCAUCAACUUCAAAUGUCAGCAUGACAACCCAGACAGAAUGUAAUAUGAUUGUAAAGACGGAAGAUGACCAACAGAGAAAAAUAGAGAAAGAUGAGAUAAAGGAAAAAGAUAGUGAUGCCACAGGGAUUGAAUGCAGGAAGGAUAAAGGUACAGAAAUAAACAGGUCGAUCUCUGAAGACUCUAGAUGUAGAAGUGUAGAUAUAGAUAGACCAAGUUUCGCAGAAGGAAGUGAUAGAAGUACAGGUGGCCGAAGUCCUAUGCCUGAAGAACCAGCUAUGGACUUUGGUCUAAAUGUAUACAAUAUGCCAACCCUAGAAGCCCAGAAACAACAGGACAGUCUUCUGGAACUCAUGGAAGCCACGGCCAAGGAAAGAGAAGAGUAUAAGAUGCAAGCUCAGUCUCUCGCCCUGCAGCUGAAGGACAAAGAAUGUGAACUGUUAAAGCUCACUGUUAAGAAAGAGUUUAGCCAUAAAAACAUUCAGACCGAUCCAUUAGAGGAGAAGGACUACAAGACUCUGUACUUAGAGGCGACACAGCGCAAUGAACAGCUCACAAAAACAAUAAAUGAGAUGAAGAAAAAGCAAGAGGAGAUGUUGCUGCAAAUGAAAGCUGAAAAAGAAGCACAGGACAGAAUGAAAGCUGAGGAUGCAGGCCACUCAGCCACGCCAAAUGUGGAUGAUGAAAUGGCUCUUCAGGUGGAUUUUCUUCUGAGAGAGCUAGAUCAGCGGAAUGCAGAAUGUCAUGAAUUAAAAAUAAAGGUGGAAAGCUUGGAACAGGUGAAAGCUCGUUGCGAGCAGUUGCAGAGAGACUUGGAUCAAUUGAGAAAAGAGAAAGUGGAGUGCACGAAUGGACCAGAAAAGAAUAGGACCGAUAAAGCCAGUUCAACACAAACAGCACAGCACAAUACUGUGGACGCCUCUGCAAACCGUGCAAAUCAAAUCAUAGAGAACAAAGAGACCAAUGAAAAUACUGCAGGGGGAGAGAACACUGUGACAAAUGCAAAGUUAAGACAGCUGAGGAGCAGUGUCGCUCGUCUUCUGGUCACAUUUGUUCCUGCUUUGGAUCCUGAACAAGUCAACUAUGACUGUGAGGUCAUAGAUGAGAUUCUUAACCAGGUUAUACAGGAGAUCUCUCCCACUCUCACCACUUCAACGUAGAGCUACUUUGUCACCAAAGCAUUCAUGUUCAAGUUAAUGCUUAAUUUAAAGAGAUGACAAAUGUUCCUAUUUUGUUGUUGUUUGAAAAUAUUUCUAAAGUUUUUCCAUAAAUAUGUCAAAUAAUGUUUUAAUUGCUAACUUUGUUGUGCAACUUUCUGGAGACCAAGAUACAUUUCUACUCAUAAGAAUGAAGAUGAUCAGUUUCCUGAUCAAUUGUUUAUUAUUUUUUACCAGCAGUUGUUGUGCAAUGUUUGCAUUUUACAAGUUCCUUUUUGUUGUUAGUUAUUAAUACAUUUUUAAGUCACAAAGGCCUAUUAAACAGAAAUGUUCUGUUGUUUCAUGUUAACAGUUAAAUAUAAAAGUAAUUUUAUCCUUGACAUUGGAAAGAUUGUUAGCAGUAUUGUAGUAAGUGUUGUUCAACUUGUAAAGAAAAUGUUAUGUUGAUACGAUUGUACAUGGUGUGUUUAUUGAAAAAAUAUUAUAUGAUUAAUACAUUUUGUAUUUCUUUAAAAAAAUCCUGUUCGCUUGAGAUAUUUUUGCAAAAGUUUAUUUUGGGUCGGUUGCCACAGAUUUCAGAUAAAUUCACAAAAUAUACUAACGAAUUAAAAUAAAUCCCAAUGGGGCGUUUCCUGGACAGGGAUUAUUUUAAGGACUAGG